AGGCGACGAAGAUGAUGGCACGUCGGGACCCCAAAUCUUGGGCCAAGAGACUGGUGAGAGCCCAGACCCUCCAGAAGCAGCGGAGGGCCCCAGUUGGGCCAAGGGCUCCCCCGCCCGAUGAAGAAGAUCCCAGGCUCAAGUGCAAAAACUGCGGGGCCUUUGGCCACACGGCCAGAAGUACCAGGUGCCCCAUGAAGUGCUGGAAGGCAGCCCUGGUUCCAGCGACCUUGGGGAAAAAGGAAGGGAAGGAAAACCUGAAACCAUGGAAGCCCCAGGUUGAAGCCAACCCGGGGCCCUUGAACAAGGAUAAGGGAGAGAAGGAAGAGAGACCAAGGCAACAAGACCCGCAGAGGAAGGCUCUCCUCCACAUAUUUUCUGGGAAACCUCCAGAGAAGCCGCUGCCGAAUCGAAAAGGAUCCACGGAAUCUUCUGAUUAUCUGAGGGUUGCAAGCGGGCCAAUGCCGGUCCACACAACCAGUAAGAGGCCGCGCCUGGGCCCUGUCCUCGCUGAUCGCUCAGCUACCGAAACGUCUGACAGGGGCUCCGUCUUGGCUUCGCCGUCUCCCCUCAGAAAAGCCAGUCUGAGCUCCUCCUCAAGUCUUGGACCAAAGGAAAGACAGACAGGGGCUGCGGCCGACAUCCCUCAGCCUGCAGUCAGGCAGCAGGGCCCCGAGCCUCUCCUCGUGGUGAAGCCGACACACAGCAGCCCUGAGGGUGGCUGCCGAGAAGUUCCCCAGGCUGCCUCCAAAACCCACGGCCUGCUCCAGGCCAUCAGACCCCAGGCACAGGACAAACGUCCUGCGGUGACCUCACAGCCCUGCCCGCCAGCCGCCACACACAGCUUGGGCCUAGGCUCCAAUCUCAGCUUCGGGCCAGGAGCCAAGAGACCUGCCCAGGCUCGGAUUCAGGCUUGCCUGAACUUCCCCAAGAAACCGAGACUGGGUCCCUUCCAGAUCCCCGAAAGCGCCAUCCAGGGAGGUGAGCUGGGGGCCCCGGAGAAUCUCCAACCUCCGCCAGCCGCAACCGAACUUGGACCAAGUACGUCGCCCCAGAUGGGCAGGAGGACACCCGCCCAGGUGCCCAGCGUCGACCGGCAGCCUCCGCACAGCAGACCUUGCCUGCCUACUGCCCAGGCCUGCACCAUGUCCCAUCACCCAGCGGCCAGCCAUGAUGGGGCCCAGCCUCUCACAGUGCUCUUCCGGAGACUGGAAAACGGACGCUGGAGCUCCAGCCUCCUGGCGGCCCCCUCAUUUCACUCUCCUGAGAAGCCGGGAGCCUUCCUCGCUCAGAGCCCUCAUGUGUCAGAGAAGUCUGAGGGUCCCCGUGUUCGUGUCCCACCGAGCGUCCUCUAUGAGGACCUUCAGGUUUCCUCCUCCUCAGAGGACAGCGAUUCUGACCUGGAGUGA